AUGCCUCAUCCAUUACAUGACGGUGUUCCCGACGGGACCACUACUGCUCACGUGGCCGAUGGCGACCUUGAAAAGCAAAAGUCAGAAGAUGCACCUGACGGCGUCAGCAGAAGAAAGAGCCGCGAGAGACGUACCUCAGAUGGUAAGGUAAUCCUUACAGAGCAAGAUGUAUACGAUAAGCUGGGAUUUGCGUAUCCCUUCUGGAAAAAAUGGACCAUCAUCUUUGUGAUCUUUCUUGUUCAAGUGUCCAUGAACUGGAACGCUAGCUUCUACGCCAAUGCAGUGUCAAAGCUGUCAACACAUUUCAGCAUUUCUAAGCAAGCUGCACGCGUGGGACAAAUGAUCUUUUUGAUCUGUUAUGGGUUCGGUAGCGAACUAUGGGCUCCUUGGAGCGAGGAGAUAGGCCGAUGGCCGAUCAUGCAGCUCAGCCUGUUUUUCGUAAAUAUCUGGCAGAUACCGUGUGCCCUAGCCCCAAACUUUGGCACUAUCAUAGUGUGUCGAGCUCUAGGCGGCCUUUCGUCUGCUGGUGGUUCAGUCACUCUUGGUAUGGUUGCCGACAUGUGGGAACCCGAGGACCAGCAAUAUGCUGUAGCAUUUAUUGUGUUGUCUUCGGUUGUUGGGUCAGCUUUUGCGCCCAUUGCAGGUGGUCCCGUUGCGGAAUAUCUCAACUGGCAUUGGAACUUUUGGAUCCAGUUGAUUAUUGGCGGUAGCGUCCAGCUAAUUCACUUUUGGGUUCCUGAGACACGCUGCAGCAUUCUCGUGACUCGGGAAGCCAAGAAACGUCGCAAGAAUGGCGAGAAUGUUUAUAGCGCCAGUGAAAUAGAGAACACGAAGUUCUCCAUGAAGCCGAUUCUAGUAGUUUGGAUGCGACCUUUCUUCAUGUUUGUGCGAGAGCCAAUCGUGCUGUGGUUGUCUCUGCUCUCUGGAUUUUCAGACGCUUUGAUUUUCACUUUCCUCCAGGCUUACACUCCAGUCUACGGACAAUGGGGAUUUGGUGACGUCCGAACAGGACUGGCAUUUGUCCCUAUCAUUAUUGGCUACGCCGUAGCGUAUGCUUCAUUUUUGCCAUGGAUAUACAAACACACAAAAAUUCGGAAACGAGAUCCCGAUGCCUUACAGCCGGAGUCUCGCCUGUAUUGGCUCCUAUAUACUGCGCCACUGGAGACUGUGGGCCUAUUUGGCUUUGCUUGGACCAGUCUAGGUCCUCCUCACGUCCACUGGAUAGCGCCGAUGAUAUUCUCAUUUCUGAUCGCUAUAGCUAACUUUGCGAUUUAUAUGGCUACAAUCGACUACAUGGUGGCUGCCUAUGGGCCUUAUUCGGCCUCAGCCACAGGUGGAAAUGCCCUAGCUCGCGACUUUCUUGCGGGAGUUGCAGCAAUGUAUUCGAAUCCUAUGUACGAGCACAUUGGUACCACAUAUCGCCUGGAAUGGGCGACGACUCUACUAGCUGUUCUCUCGAUUUUCAUUAUUUCUCCCAUUUACCUAUUCUAUUGGAGGGGGCCACAGAUUAGAGAGAGAUCCAAAUUUGCUCAGGUCCUCGCAAGCGAUCGAAGGGCCAAGGGCGAAAUGGCGGUCCGCUGUGGAUCAGAAAGUCAAGGAGCAGAGGCUACUUAUCUAGGCUCGCAGAACGCUCACACUGGCUCGCUUGGUGGUACCCGUGGGUCAACUGCCUGUGCGAGAGGCUCUUCGGUCUGA